CGCUCCGCCCGCAGCCGCGGCCGCCCGCCCGGCCGUCGCGGGCUCGCCGAAGUCUUCCCCCAAAACUUGUCCCACCUAGGUCCAUCUUGUUUAGAAACAGUUUGCGCUAAGGUAAAUGCAGCGGGCAGAUUCCACGCUCCCCCCCGCAUGCCGUUAACCCCGGGGCGGGGAGGAAAAAAAAAAAACCCCGCCCGGCGGGGGCCCAUGCCGCGGCGCUCGGCGGCGGCGGGGCGGCGGCGGGCGGCCGCGGGGCCGGGGGCUGCGCGGCGCGGCCGCCGUGAAUGUGCAGGCGGCGGAGGGCGGUUAGGCGUUCGCGGCGCUCGCAGCGGUGUAUUGUGGGAGGCCGCCGCCGCCAGCAGCGAGCACACACAAUAUGUGGUGGCUCGCGAAAACGGGAGGCAGGAGCCUGGCGGCCAGCCCGCGCCGGUAACCGGCCCCAUGUGAGACGGGAGCUCGCCUUUCGCCGCCCGGAGACGAUCGGCCGCCAAACGCGAUGUCUUUCCGAGAGAUCAAGGCGGGGGAGAAAGCCAAGCACCCUGAAGAUCAUGGCAAAAAGCAGAGUUCAAGUUGGAUCAACGGAAUGGAGAACAGCACCCAAGCCAGCACUUCUGUCGAGAAAAGAAAUCACCAUUGGAGAAGUUACAAGUUGAUUAUUGACCCGGCUCUGAAAAAAGGACAGCACAAACUCUAUCGUUACGAUGGGCAACAUUUUAGCAUGCCUAACUCGGGAAUCGCUCCUGUGGAUUGUGUCAGAGAUCCCAGAAUAGGGCGAAUAUGGACCAAAACUAAGGAGUUGGAGCUGUCUGUCCCCAAAUUCAAGAUCGAUGAAUUUUACGUGGGGCCAGUGCCUCCCAAGCAGGUCACCUUUGCCAAGCUGAACGACAACAUCCGCGAAAACUUUUUGACCGACAUGUGCAAGAAAUACGGCGAAGUGGAAGAGGUGGAGAUUCUCUACAACCCCAAGAACAAGAAGCACCUGGGCAUCGCCAAAGUGAUCUUUGCCACUGUCAAGGGUGCCCGGGAGGCGGUCCAGCACCUUCACAACACCUCCGUCAUGGGCAACAUCAUCCACGUGGAGCUGGAUACAAAAGGUGAAACCCGCAUGCGAUUCUAUGAACUGCUAGUUAAUGGUCUUUACACUCCUCAGACCCUUCCCGUAGGCACCGAGCAGAACGUGUCACCAACUGUGAAUGAAACUCUGCAGUUGACGGAUUCUCUAAAACGCCUGAAAGACAGUAAUCUUUCUUCUGCGGGAUCAUCUGUUACCCCUAACAGUAGCACGCCGUUUUCCCAUGACACAGCCUAUUCCAGCUGUCGGCAAGACACCCCAAACUCGUACAGCCAAUACACCCCCCAGUCCCAAGGAACGCCUCACACCCCACGGCUAGGGACGCCGUUUUCCCAGGAUUCCACCUAUUCUAGUCGUCAGACAACGCCUGUGUACCAUUUUGGGCAGGACAGUGGGUACAAACCCAGGAGGCAUGAAACAAAGUUUACAGAUGCCUAUAACCGUCGACCGGGACAUCACUAUGUUCAUAAUUCGGCAGGCGUUUUCCGAGGGCCAGAGCAUCAGUUUAGUACCUUCAAAUCUCAUCAGCAAGAACCAGUUCAGUUCUCUCACACUCCUCCCUUGAGCCACUCUGGUUCCUCAAGCUACAAAUCUGCCUUCUCUCCCUACCAAGCACCAGCUGUUUUUCCCCAAUCUGAUGAGCAGCAGUUUCCCCAACCUUCGAGGGAAACAGAGUACCGAAGACCUGCGCCCCCUCCGACUGAGAUGGCUGUAGAAAGUAGCGCUGCCGCUAAUAUUGAUUUUGUUCCGGUGAAGGAAAAACAGGAGGAACCUCCACCCCUGCCAGAUUCGAACUCAGUUCCUGAACCGAGUUCAGCAAGCUUCUCUCAGACUCCAGAGAGGAGCGAGACCCCCGGCACCCCAACCAUGGAAUCGGAAAUGCAGCAUAACAGUUUAGACUCAAGGAUUGAGAUGCUCUUAAAAGAGCAGAGAACAAAGUUACCCUUUCUUAAUGAACAUGACUCGGAUAAUGAGGUCCGAAUGGAAGGUAGCCCUAUCUCCUCUUCCUCUUCCCAGCUUUCUCCAAUCCCGAUGCAGAGUUCGAACUCUCAGCCUGGUUACAGAGCUCAAACGCCAUCCUCACGCCCUUCCAGCACGGGCUUGGAGGACAUCAGCCCCACGCCGCUGCCGGACUCCGAUGACGACGAGCCCAUCCCUGGGACAGCUUCGCUGGGUCAGAAUUCCAGGGCGGCGCCGGAGGCCAGCAUGACUCCUGUCGAUCCCCUGAGCAGGACCUCCAAAACUGAGACCUCGGAGGUCAAAGAAAUGGUGCCUGGUGACCAGACUCCAACAUCAGAAAAAAUGGAUGAGGGUCAGCAUUCUUCAGGGGAGGACAUGGAAAUCUCCGACGACGAGAUGAAUCCUGCGCCCAUCACCAGUGCGGAAUGUGCCAAAACCAUUGUGGUGAACUCCUCCGUCAGCAACACAGCCGUGAUGGCUCCGUCGAUCCCCAUGCCCCCGCCGGGAUUUCCUCCCCUGCCGCCGCCGCCGCCUCCGCAGCCAGGCUUCCCCAUGCCUCCGCCGCUGCCCCCGCCGCCUCCGCCCACGCACCCCGCCGUCACCGUCCCUCCGCCUCCGCUGCCCGCGCCGCCCGGGGUCCCUCCGCCUCACAUCUUGCCUCCGCUUCCUCCGUUCCAUCCCGGCAUGUUCCCGGUCAUGCAAGUGGAUAUGAUAAGUGUCCUGGGCAACCAGUGGGGUGGCAUGCCGAUGUCCUUCCAGAUGCAAACUCAGAUGCUGAGCCGCAUGAUGCAGGGACAAAACACAUACCAGUAUCCACCUUUCAUGGGGGGCCGGAUGCAGUUUUUGAAUCUUCCGCCCUACCGCCCCUUCUCCAUGGGAGCAGCGCUUGGUCGCGGACAGCAGUGGCCACCACUGCCCAAGUUUGACCCCUCGGUUCCACCACCGGGUUACGAGCCGAAGAAGGAGGAUCCCCACAAAGCUACUGUGGACGGAGUCCUCCUGGUCAUAGUGAAGGAACUAAAGGCUAUCAUGAAGAGGGACCUGAACCGGAAGAUGGUUGAAGUGGUAGCGUUUCGGGCGUUUGAUGACUGGUGGGACAAGAAGGAACGUCUGGCAAAGGCAUCUCUCACUCCAGUGAAGUCUGGAGGAGAACUGGAGGAGAAACCAAAGCCAAAGGAUCGGAUCACAUCUUGUCUCUUGGAGAACUGGAACAAAGGAGAAGGCCUGGGAUAUGAGGGAAUCGGCUUGGGCAUUGGGUUACGAGGGGCCAUCCGGUUGCCAUCCUUCAAGGUGAAAAGAAAGGAGCCACCUGAAGCUGCCUCAGCAGGAGAUCAGAAGAGAAUCCGGCCUUCUACUUCUGUUGAUGAUGAAGAUGAAGAAUCGGAAAGGGACAGAGAUGCUUCCGAUGUGACAUCUGACCUGUCAAAGAAGGAUGCAGAAGCAGUGGGGCUGAGACGGCGACCAGCACGGCCUCUGGAGCUGGACAGCGAGGGGGAGGAGGGAGACGAGACGUCGGGUAAAGAGGAAGAAUCCUCCUCAGAGAAGGAGGAAGAGCAGGAGGAAGAGGGAGGCUUGGCGAAAGCAGCACCUGGCAAGGAGGAAGAGGAGGAUGAGGAUGAGGACGAGGAGGAUGAGGACGAGGAGGAGGAUGAAGAAGAAGAUGAGGAUGAAGAGGAUGAUGAUGAGGAGACAGGAAUAGAAACAAGUGACAAGGAAGAAGAGCAGGACUCCGAGGAAGAAGAUGUAGCAAGCCCCUCAUCUUCCAAGGCUGAAGUUGAGUCAUCUGAUGAAAGUGAGGACUCCUCUGAAUUUGAGUCGAGCUCUGACUCUGAUGAUGAUGAUGAGGAGGAGGAUGAAGAUGAGGAGGAGGAAGAGGAAGAGGAGGAGUUGGCUGAAGAUCAAGAUAGAGAAGCCAUGGUUGCUGAGACAGAGCACGAACCUGCCAGUCAUGAGCUCCCUGAUGAAGAGAGGGAGACCAUUUUGGAACUGUAUCCUGUGGACGACUUCAUGAAUGCAACGGGCUUGGGACUCGCAGAGCCAGCUUUGGUAGAAAAGGAUGAAGGCAUGGAAGGAGUCAAGCCAGGGGAAAGUGAAUGUGGUGAAGUCCCAGAGGCAUCUAUUGCUGCUGAAACACUCCUGGUUAUAGAAAGAGACCAGGAGACAAAACUUGCGCUGUCUCCCAUCUGUGGGCCAGAGGAAGAGUCCGAACCAGUCGCUAUGCUAGAGCCAGAGGUACAGGAAGGUCUGAAGCCUGAAUCUCAAGAUGAGGAGGUGGCGCUGUGUCUCUCGACCCCAGUGGGAGUCUUUGGAGAAUCUCUACCCAGUAAAAGCAGCUUCUUUAGCAAGUCUGAUGACAGCAACUUAGAAGCCCGUAUCAAAGCAAAACUGCCCUCUGCAGCAGAGGAAGAAGACCGGCUGCCUCGGACGCCUGGGCGGGAGGUGGUGGUCCAUUCGGAGAGUGAUACUCUUCUGCUUCCAGCCCACAAGGUGCCAUCCUCCACGCUCCCCUUACCAUCGACUCCCGGUAAAGAGGAAUCUUUAGUCCCUCCAGAAAAGUUCCCUGAACAGUUAAUGGUGACCAAAACGCCUGUGGAAGAGGAGAUUCCGAGGACUCCUGGGCGGGACAUUUUGGCCAAGUCUUCACACCCCCUUGCAAAGUCGCAGAGCACAGACACUGUUCCAGCCACCCCAGGAAGCGAUGCUCCCCUUACAGGAAGCAGCUUGACCCUCAGUUCCCCGCAAGUCCCAGGGAGCCCCUUUUCCUACCCGUCCCAAUCUCCUGGCAUUAACAGUGGCAUUCCUCGGACUCCUGGGAGAGAUUUUAAUUUCACGCCUACUUUCCCAGAGGCUGGUGCUACCAUUCCUUGCCUUCUGUCUGGCAAGAAACAGUCAGAGGAUGAGCUAGAUGAGAAACCCUUUAAAGAGCCUCUCGGUGCUUCCCUUAUGGUCAGCAUGAACAGUGUUCCUUCCCCUAUCCCUUUUGCCAGCCCCCCACAAGCAGAUUUCCACACAGACAUGGGCCUGCCACCUGACGAGCCAAUCCCUGUAGCAGCCCUGCCCUGCCUGCCUGGAGAUGGAAGAAUGCCCAUCGAGGAAUGCAAGGCAGAAGUAAAAUCUAUUUUGCUCUCCCCAGAAGCACCCACAGGUGCUUCUAUUCUUCCUCCCCCACCACCACCUUCUGUUCUUCCCAAAAGGAGGCCAGGUCGGCCAAAACGGUCACCACCUUCUGUCCUCUCGCUGGAUGCCUACUCGGGCAAAACCAUAGAACCUCCUCCUGUCCCAGUGGCCUUGGUGGAAAGUGCUGUGAGCAAAGAGCUGUUAAGUGGACAUCCCGACGCUUUCUACGGACUGAAAGACCCUGAAGCCGUCACCCUGGAUUUCAGGAAUGACGGCUUCCACGAGAAAAUAGCAGCUGAGACGGUCACAGAGAAACUGCCAUUUAAGGAACUGGAGAACCAGUGGAAUGAAGACUUCAAAGAAGAAGAAGCUCAUGUGAAACCUAAAAGACAGUGGCGAAGGCAGAAGAAGACACCCGAGGACAUCCCAGUGAUUCCUUCCCCUGAGUAUUCCCCACCCCGGCCUCAGUUCAGACCACGCUCCGAGUUUGAGGAGAUGACCAUUUUGUAUGAUAUUUGGAACGGAGGCAUAGAUGAGGAAGAUAUCAAAUUCAUGUGUAUCACAUAUGACCGCUUGCUACAGCAGGACAAUGGUAUGGACUGGCUCAACGACACCCUGUGGGUAUUCCAUCCUUCAACUAGCUUUUCUACUCCCAAGAAAAAGAAGCGGGAUGAUGGGAUGCGGGAGCACGUGACGGGCUGCGCACGAAGUGAAGGCUAUUACAAAAUUGAUAAGAAGGACAAACUUAAAUACCUCAACAAUAGCCGAGCUUUUGCGGAGGAGCCUCCAGCUGACACGCAGGGUAUGAGCAUCCCUGCCCAACCUCACGCUUCCACCCGGGCUGGCUCCGAGAGGCGGUCAGAACAACGCAGACUCCUCUCCUCCUUCACUGGUAGCUGUGACAGCGACCUGCUCAAGUUCAACCAACUCAAGUUCCGGAAGAAAAAACUAAAAUUCUGCAAGAGCCACAUUCACGACUGGGGCCUCUUUGCUAUGGAGCCCAUUGCAGCUGAUGAGAUGGUGAUUGAAUACGUGGGUCAGAACAUCAGGCAGGUCAUUGCUGACAUGCGUGAAAAGCGAUACGAGGAUGAAGGCAUUGGAAGCAGUUACAUGUUCAGAGUCGACCACGACACCAUCAUCGAUGCCACGAAGUGCGGAAACUUUGCCAGGUUUAUUAAUCACAGCUGCAAUCCAAAUUGUUACGCUAAAGUGAUCACCGUGGAGUCUCAAAAGAAGAUCGUCAUCUACUCGAAACAGCACAUCAACGUGAACGAGGAAAUUACCUACGACUACAAGUUUCCGAUAGAGGAUGUAAAAAUCCCGUGUCUAUGUGGCUCUGAGAACUGCAGGGGAACCCUAAACUGAACUUGAGGUUUCUCAUCACUCUUGCACCUUCGGCCAUGUCAGAACUGUGGUAACCAGGUGUGGUUGCACUUUGCCAAAAAAGAGAGGAAAAAAAAAGAAAAAAAGGAAGAAAAAAAUUAAAAAAGAAAAAAAUAUUAAAAAAAGAGAGGAAAAAAGAGAAGAAAAAAAACAAGCAAGUUUCGCACUUCUGCCAGGAUCACGAAUGAAAGCAAAAAGCGCACAUGCUUACGAGGACUGUUUAUGUUUCAGGUGCUCUUUCCUUUUCAGAUUCAACACGCACACAAAAAGGUGAUUACCAUUUUGUGGCAUGGUCUAUCCAAACACUAGCUUCUCUCUGUUCGGUCCCUACAUUAAUGCUCCAUGAUGGGAUAAUGGUACCUUUUUUUUUUUUUAAUUGUUGUUAUAAACCUUCAUCUUUUCAUAAAUGCUGCUACCUUUUUUUCAUCAGUUUUGUUGGUUGAAAAAGACAUUCAACGUUUAAAUGUGAAGCAGAGACUGAAAAUGCCAUAUAAGGUUUGUUGGGAGCUUGAUUGGCUGCAAUUGCACAGACUUCUCAGAGUAAGCUGUAAAUAAAUGUAAGGUUGAUGUUACAGAGCAAGCCAGCGGCUUGAGGGGGUGUGAAUGGGCUGCGUGCGUGUGCUCGGUGCGUGUGUGCGUAUGGGGAUGUGUCCGCAGUGAGGCUGUAGGUGAACUGUCCUGCCUUUGCGUUAGGGAUGAGCCCGAACAAGUCCCCGAAUCCGGACGCCCUGGGGAGCGGUGAGCUCUGCCGCAGACCGCAGCUCCAGCGCCUCGGGCUCAUCUCUAAUUUUCAUACACUGUGCUGGUAUAUUGGGGGAUCCAAACCUCAGCAUCCACACAAGGAAAAUUUUGGAUACAGAAGCGGAGCCAGUUACGUAGCUGUAGGAUCGCGGUGCAGCGGAUGGCCUUUUCGGAUGCCCGUUUCUUGCGGAUUGGCUUGUCUUGCAUUGAAAAAAAAAGACUGAGGCUGAAAUUAAGUGGACAGCACAGCCCUCGGUUACGCUGUAGAAACCUUGCCCUCCUUUUAAGUGUACAGUGGAGCCCAUGUCGCUAGCAGGUGGUGGUGGGAAAGCAGCUGAUGCAUUUCUCGUGUUGGUUUUUCUCCCUGUCACCUGCACCUCCCUGCCCCUGGAGCGCUCGCGGGGGGAGUGUGUGCUCCGGCCUUGGAUGGGGGAGAUGCCUCUCGUGAUAGGAGAGGAGCUGCCGUGCGGCUCCCUCCCUCCGUUACACAGUAACUCGCCCUCGGCUGGGCCCGUCCUUCCCGUGCCACCGAGCACGGAAGAAAGUGCUCCCGAGCGCGAGUUACGGUAGCAGCGCCGUCCUCCCCCAUCUGCGGUGGGAGAAUGAACGGUUUUUAGAUUCGGAAGGCGUCUUUUGAAAUCGUUUUCCAACCCGCGUUGCCCUUGUAGAUGUACCGAGGUGAAGCUGGCAGCUCUCCGAGAGGUUCCCUUUACGAAUGGGCCGAAACGCCAAAGAAACGCUUCUUUGGAUGUGAUCUGGAGACGAUGCCCGACCAUUCGGGGAUGGACAGGAUCAGUGUUUCAGCUUGUGUUGAAUUUCUCUGGCUUUAAAAGUAGAGAUUAGUUGUAUGAAGCCUUGUUAAUUGGCUUACAGGGGAAAUGGCAAUGUAAUUAUGAAAUGCAGACAUCUGCAUGACUUAAAAACUAAAAAUCUUUCCCCCACAAAGCAAAUUGGACAGCUGUUGUCUGAACCCUUUUCUGAUUAGUGACGUUUACUCUCUGACCCAGCUCCGUGAUCAGGGGUUACAGCCUUGCAGUGAGUUUCCCAGAAGUUUUUUAUGCUGUUACUUGGAAUUGCCAGGCCCGUACUCUGGAGCGGAGCCUGUGCCGUAGGCCGGACCUCCGUAUCCCAAUUUCUUCUCCAAACAAAAGGCCUCAACUAGCAGGAACACACCGACUGCUACAAGCUGCCUUAAUACCGCCUGUAUUCCUAUCUGAGGACAGUGAGAUUGUCCCUAGGGUUGGACGGUCCGUAGUUUCACCUCUGGUUUUGUUUUGCUUGUUGUUUCCUUUGGGUUUGGGUUUUUUUCCCCCUCUUUGUAAAUCUCUCCAGCAAGUGGGUAGUCGUGACCCAGAACCUAAAAUUAUGAGAAGCACAAAUAGUUUCUGUCAUUGAGCAUUGGUUGUAGCUACAGCUGUGGCAGGAGCAUUUGGGAAUUAAAGCGGCUGCUUUUUUCUUUAUUAUUAUUAUUUUUUAUGUGGUUCCUCUUAUUGUGUAGUAGCCCCAGUCGGCGCCUCUCUGGCCUUUUGCGCUCUCGCAGCUUCGGAAAUGCACAGACGUUUCCCGCGUCUCCGAGUUCAGAUGCUCUUGGUCUCCUUCCUCUCUGCUCCGCCAAACCCCUGCGUGAAGGUGGGUUUGUGGGGAAAACGCCCAGCCCCGAAAUACGUGCUGAUGACUUUGUAUUUCCCAGCUUCUCCGUGUGCUCUGGAGCUCUGGUGGGACAGGAUUAGCCCCCGCGGUUUGCCUUAACCUGUACCGAGGGGAGCAGCCGGCCCGGGUGGCCGGCCGUGGUCUGCUGAACCGAGACCGCCGGGUUUGGCUCCUGCGUUUUUAGAGCACUGAAGGGAUUCGGGUGCCAAAGCUCACGAGCACCUACGUCGCACGGGCUCUCCCAAAACGUCCGUAACCAGCCCCUUGUAGGAUUAUGGACAGAAAAGUGGGUUUUCCGAAGCGCCGAGCUCCCAGUAACCCCCUGGAAAAACGGGAGCUGGGCGAUGCUCGGCACUUCCGAAAACCCACCUUCCUCUGGGCUCCAAGCCGAGCGUGAGGCUUCCCUUUUCCUCCCUGGCAGUCCUGGCUCGCAGGUCGUCCGCGGCAGGGGCUCCGGCCGGCCCCGGGGAUGGUCCCCGCGGGUGCUCGCCGCUCGGGCGCUGGGGCGGCCGCCGCGUCCCUGCAACCGACCGGGUGCUCGCUGGGGCUGGGUGGCCCCGGAGGUGCCUUUCGCACCCCUCCGCGGUGCUUUGGCUUGGGCUUAGGGUGAGAGGAGAGGAGGGAAGGGCAAGGGCAGCCGGGGGUCUUGGGGCAGCCCGUGUGCCCGCGCCGGUGCCGCCGAGACCCCGCGUGCGGCUUCCCCCGGAGAUUCACCCACGUAGUUUCACUCCCUGGAAAGCAUCUCCCUAGUUUGCUUUGACUUAAAACUAAAACUAAAGAGAGCGAGACGUUGGCUGUGUUCCCUGCGAGGCUGCAUCUGGCUUCAGGAUCUCUGCGUGGGGCAGUGAUCCUAGAGGAUAGUCCAAAGUUUGGAAAUGUCACCUAGAUUUUCGGUUUCCCGGGAGGAAUAAGCUUGGUUCGGUGUGUCGCUGCCUUCGCCGCUGGCGUUCCUCGGCCGCGUGCUCUGCUCGCGGAUCCCCGCGCCGUCGCCCGACGUCUCCGUUUGUCUGUUGUUCAUCCCCGCGUUUCCAGUUCCAGCUUGGUCCCAAAAGUGGUCCGUACCUGUCCGGGGCCCGGGAGGGGAAGGGGCUCAUCCCGCAGAUAUUUAUAUUGUAUAGAGCAGCUUCUUUCUACAAGAAAAACAUUUUUAAACUCCAACAAAGUAUACAGUAGUUUCAGUUCCGGUUUUUGUGACCUUUUUCAGGGAUCAUUUCAGUGCAUUUCUGUAUAAAAUAAAAAUUUAAGGAGAAAAGGAUUUUGAAGUAUAAAAAAAUGCAUCUUCUGUACAUAGGCAAACUCAAGAAUCUUCUCUUCAAACACUGUUUCUUGUAGAAACAUGUUGAAAUUUUUUUGCUGAUUUCUUUGUACUUCAAGAGCAUGUAAAUAAUUUAUUAAAAGUGACUAUUGUAAUUUGGAGUUCUUUUUAAAACAGAUUCCAGCUCUAACUCAUGUCAAGAAGGUGGGCAAGAAGGAAGGACUAAGUAUAGCAAAGGAGCUGGUGGCAUUUACAGCUUGUGUCAAGCUUUGUAUAAUGUAAAUUCUGUACAAAUAUGUUUUUUUUUUGUCAAAUAAAUAGAUGAAAUUAGAAGCAUUAAGAAACUGAAGACAAAAUUGCCAAGUCAGGCUUCUUUUUUUUUUUCCCCCCCUCAGUCUGAAACCUAAUGUGCAAAAUCUAUUUAUUUCAAGCGAGGAAAUGUGUAUAGUCUAAUAGACAACCUAAAAUGUAUUUAAGCGAGUCUGCAACUGGAUUUUUUCAAUUUAAUAUUUUUGUUUUCUUUUUACAAAUUUCCUCCUUAAUUGCCACUGUAGUAUUUGUCCAAGUGAAAAGAAACACAUUAUAAAGGACACACUCAAACGAAUGGGCAGUUUUAGAAGCAAAAUCAAAGAACACCCUGCUCCCGAGGCGUGCAGUUUCCCGGUUCUGUCAACAGGUUGUUUUAAUUCACAGUGUGAAAAUAAAGGGCCUCCUUUAAAAGGAGGCAGGUAAAAUGGUUUGCAAAGAAUGAAAAAUCUUAUUUUUUUUUAAGUUCCUUAAAAGAAGAAAAAAAUCUCUGCUUUGAAGAUUUAGGAUUUCUGCUUUUUCUUUUGUUAAGCAAAUUUAUAAAUUUAGGGAUGUUUUGUGCAUAUAGAAUCUGUCACCAGUAUGUAUCUUGUUUUGAAGAAAGUGUUUUUGUUGUGGAUGUGUCAUGCUGUAUAUAUUUGUUCAUAUUUUUGUGAAUUGAAUACUAUGUACCAUUGUAUUAUAGUAACUUUUAUAAAGCAAACCAUAAAUAUACUGACUUUUCUUACAGAAAAA